AUGCUGCUCUUUUUUGGAAACUUUCAUCAAGUAAGAAUGGGGUUCGUCAAGGUCCUUAAGAACAAGGCGUACUUUAAGCGCUACCAGGUCAAGUAUCGUCGUCGCCGUGAGGGCAAGACGGACUACCGCGCCCGUAAGCGUCUCAUCACGCAGGACAAGAACAAGUACAACUCGCCCAAGUACCGUCUUGUCGUGCGUAUCACCAACAAGCAGGUUAUCUGCCAGAUCGCGUACGCCGAGAUCGAUGGCGACAAGAUUCUGUGCCAGGCUACGUCGGCUGAGCUGCCGCGUUACGGCCUGACGGUUGGUCUUAAGAACUACGCCGCUGCGUACGCCACGGGUCUGCUUGUCGGCCGUCGUGUGCUGCAGAAGCUCGGCCUGGACGAGGACUACGAGGGCAACACGGAGGUUGACGGCGAGAUCGUCAAGACCGAGAGCAACGGCCGUACCUACUUCGUGGAUGAGGUCGCUGACGAGAAGCGCCCCUUCCGCUGCUACCUGGACUGCGGUCUGCGCUCUACCACCACCGGUAACCGUGUGUUCGGUGCCCUUAAGGCGUUUUCCUGGCUACAGCCGUGA